CACACCCUAGUGUCUUAAGACGAUCGACUAUCUGGCUUCUGUUACUCUCGCUGUUUCUGAGGCACCAGCUACGCGACCGUGGCAGCCAUAACUCUCCCACAGAAUAGUCGGCCUUGAGCUCUUUUGCUCACAGUCUACACUGAGACUGCGAGGAAGAAAAGACAAAAAAAAAAAAAAAAGAAGAAGAAGAAAGAUUUAAGGAGAGGUGGCAUUCCUCACGACGCCACAUAGAAACCUCAGCGCUGGUCUUUUCCCAGACAACGCGAGAUCCUGUGCCAGGACGUGACUCCACCCACCGCCCCUCCCGUGAUCGUGUGCGCAUGCGUUGGGCUUUUUUGGCGCGCAAACCUUUCAAAACUUCCUGCUUGGUCACAGGUGGCCCCGCUCGGCCCCCGAGGGAUGUCUGUCGGGUUGGAACCGGCUACUCACGCCCACAGCAUCAAGUCCUUAGGGAUUUUCGGUCGAAAUUCCACUUGAAUGUAACUCGUCCCCCCUUUUUCUGUUCGUGUAUGGGUCAUGAGUUUUCAGCGAAUCAAAGAGUCAGAAUGGGAGAGGACCCAUCACGGUUUUUAAAAACUACUGAGUUUUAGUUGUGUGGAACGCUAACUCUGCGAGUGGCAUAAAGGGAUAAAUCUGGGACGAACGGAUUUUUUUUUUUCCUCGAAGACUUUGAGAGGCUGUGACUGUGGACUGGGUUAACAAAGUAGGAUGAAGAUUCGAAAUUUUAAAAAUGGAAGAAGUCAAGGCAGUAUCACCUGCUUGAGAGAGGAGGCUUGGCUUAAAAACAUUUACGCGUAUUAAUAAGCAAGUAGGCAGCAGUGUCGCAUAUUUAGUCGAUGACAGCGAGGUAAAAGGGGAAUGUCUUUGAAUGCAACAGAGACAUUUUUAGAAGUUGUCAAUGAGCAAGAGCUGAGGUUGGGACUGGGUAAAACAGAUAAUCUGGACUCUAGAAUGUUGCAAGUGUGGACGGGUCUGACUGAUUUGGCCUCUUUUCUCUCUCAGGGGACAUGGAACACCUGCACAAACUGGAUUUUUGCCCUGUAACGUCUCAAAGGUACCAUCCAACACCUGAAAUGUCCUCUUUCCAGUAGAAUGCCUGGCAUCUCCCACCAACCUCACGGUUCAGUAGGAAUGAAAGUUGGCUAACAAGUCACUCAGAUGAGUCACUUGGCUCAUUACAGAUUUUGUAUUCUCAAUCUAUAGUCUUCCAGUCGUGGAGCUCUUCCAGUCCACUUUAAUGUUGGGAGCAGUGCAGUACAACCAGUCUUGUCAUUUUCCCAAUCCUCAGGGAUUGUUUCCGGUAACGAAAUCCAUGAUGCUCAGGCCCCCUGCGUAAUAAGGAAGCAGGCUGAGGGCUGAGGGAAGGCAGAGGAGAGAUAUGAAUGUGUUCCAAAGGUUUCCUGGUGGCUCAUGGCAUCCUCCAAAGUCGUGUCUGGGAGCUGUUCCUGACCAAGAAGACCCACGGAGCCUGCCUCUGAAAUCAAGUCCCGAUGAAGAAUGGAGACCGACCAGCCACCUGUGGUGACUGCUACCCUGCUGGUGCCCCUUCAGAACCGCAGCUGCGAGGAAGCGGCUGAGGGCCUGCGGCCCCAUGGCCUGAUGGAGGAGCACGAGGAGCACGGCUGGAUGAGCAAUAGGACAGACCUUCAGUACGAGCUGAACCCUGGAGAGGUGGCCACAGCCAGCAUCUUCUUCGGCGCUUUGUGGUUGUUCUCUAUCUUCGGCAACUCCCUGGUGUGUCUGGUCAUCCACCGGAGCCGGAGGACUCAGUCCACCACCAACUACUUUGUGGUCUCCAUGGCGUGUGCUGACCUUCUCAUCAGUGUGGCCAGCAUGCCGUUUGUCGUGCUGCAGUUCACCACCGGGAGGUGGACCCUCGGGACCGCCAUGUGCAAGGUGGUCCGCUACUUCCAGUAUCUCACCCCGGGUGUCCAGAUCUACGUGCUCCUGUCCAUCUGCAUCGACCGCUUCUAUACCAUCGUCUACCCGCUGAGCUUCAAGGUAUCCCGGGAGAAGGCCAAGAAGAUGAUCGCCGCUUCCUGGGUCUUGGAUGCAGCCUUUGUGACGCCUGUCUUCUUCUUCUACGGCUCUGACUGGGACAGUCACUGUAACUACUUCUUUCCUUCCUCCUGGGAGGGAACUGCCUACACUGUUAUCCACUUCCUGGUGGGCUUUGUGAUUCCCUCUAUCCUCAUAAUCCUGUUUUACCAGAAGGUCAUAAAGUAUAUCUGGAGAAUAGGCACGGACGGGCGGACCCUGAGGAGGACAAUGAACAUUGUCCCCAGGACAAAGGUGAAAACGGUCAAGAUGUUUCUCCUCUUGAACCUGGUGUUCCUGUUCUCCUGGUUGCCGUUCCACGUGGCCCAGCUCUGGCACCCCCAUGAGCAAGACUACAGGAAGAGCUCCCUUGUCUUCACGGCAGUCACGUGGGUAUCGUUCAGCUCUUCGGCCUCGAAACCCACUCUGUACUCCAUUUAUAAUGCCAAUUUCCGGAGAGGGAUGAAAGAGACUUUCUGCAUGUCCUCAAUGAAAUGUUACCGCAGCAAUGCCUACACCAUCACGACCAGCUCAAGGAUGGCCAAAAGAAACUAUGUGGGCAUUUCGGAGAUCCCUCCCGUGAGCAGGACGAUAACCAAAGACUCCAUCUAUGACUCGUUUGACCGUGAGGCCAGGGAGAAGAAGCUUGCCUGGCCCAUCAACUCAAAUCCACCAAACACUUUUGUCUAAUUUCUAAGAAUUCUUUCACUGUUAUGUGCCAGAGAUUAAACAGCUUUAACUAUAAAGAGAGAAUUGAUUUACUUAGCUUUCACUAAACUUCCGUUUUGUAAAAUGUAUUCACUGUU